CCUAGCUUCUCGCUAACAAACUUUCAAGAGGUUUAAUUUGAUACAAAGUUUUAAUUUUUUAUGGUUAGGAUCACUUGAUGUGACUUAACAUUUUUUCCAAUUAUGUUUGUUCAUAUGGCAGAAGGGCAACACUGGUUCGAUGCAAAUGAUUAUGGUUCGGGUUUUAAUGAGUUUUUGCCCCUUUAUAAAAUUCAUGCUAGAGGUAAUGGAUUCCUUGUGAGAAACAAACUCAUUAUUGUCGCUGAGGUACAGAUUCUUCCAGCUAUUGGUGUACCAAAGGAUACUGUGAAGAUAACUGAACCUCUGAGCUGCAGAGAAGGAAAUCAAGCUACUGAUGCAUCUGAAGAAGAUUCAGAUGAGGAUGCAUCUGAAGAGGAUUUGGAUGAUGAUGAUGAAUCUGAAGAGCGUUUAGAUGAUGAUGAUGAAUCUGAAGAAGAUUUGGAUGAUGAUGAUGAUGAUGAUGAUGCGUCAUCUCCUGUUUCUGAUGAUGAAGGUCAGGAAAUAUGUCCCUUGAACCAACUGAAUGCCUGGAAUAAAGCUUCUCGUUCAGUAGGAAACCGUGGUAUGAAUUGUAACAAUGUGGUAGUUUCCGAUGCGGAUACUGAUGAUGCCGCGAAAGAAGAUCUGUUUGAGGAUGGUACAGUUGAAGAGGAUCCGGAUGAUGAUGCUUCAUCUCUCCACCAAUUGAAGUCCAUGUUGGACACCUCGAAGACAGUAGAAAAUGGUGGUUCAGGGUGUAACAAUAAGGCACCUGUUUUUGAUACGUGGAUUAAUGAUUUUCUAAAAGAGAUUACUCAACCAGCAAAGGAAACCAUGGAUGUCAAUGGUUUUCAGGUUCUUACUUCACAGGUACAAUCAGUGAGGCAGAUCUUCAAAAGACACCCGGACACAGCAAUAGGGAAAUACAAGCCUAAGAGCCCGUACGAAGAAAACCUUAACUUCAUCAUCAAUGACAUGUAUAAAGACACUUUUGUAAGAGGUUUCGUCUACGCCUACCAUGGUGACGAUCCCAAUACCGUCUACAUCUUGCUCCAAUGCCGGGGUGACUCCUACGGCCCAGAGUGUGGCUCCUGCCUCACUACCGCCUCCUCGGAGCUACGUAGGAGAUGUCCGAUGAACAAGGCUGGAAUAGUAUGGUUUGACAAAUGUCUUCUCAAGUUUUCUCCAACCGCUUUCUUCGAGAAGAUCGAUGACAAGAACAAGUUCUAUAUGUACAGCACGAAGAAAGUAAGCGAUCCGGCGUCGUUCAAUGCGAAGACAAAGGCUCUACUAACUGAGCUGACCACGAAAGCUACUCGUAGAUCAGAUAAGUUAUUGUUGUACGAGACAGGGGAGAUGAAACUCGGGAAGAUGAAGCUGUACGGAAUGGUGCAGUGUACACGGGACCUAUGGUUUACGGUUUGUAAGACAUGUUUGGAUAAGAUUAUUGGGGAGCUUCCUAAAUGUUGUGAUGGUAAAGAAGGAGGGAGAGUUGUGAGUGGGAGUUGUAACUUUAGGUAUGAGAUUUACCCUUUUCUUGACACUGUUCGAUGAGAUCUCCAAAUUUUGUUUCUUUGUCAACCGGAGAGCUCCAUAUAUAGUAAAAGGGGUUGAUUGGUGACCAUAUCAGUAAACAGCAGGAAGUUCAAUAAAUGAAAGUUUUAGGG